AUCAAUACUAGAGUGGAAUUUGCCGUGAAUUGAAAUGUCAAUGUACUGUCACUAAUCAUUAAUUUCUGCGGUGGGGUAUUUAUUUAUUUUAUAAACAUUUGUGUAAAAAACCCAUUAAACGCUUUAAUGGGUAUAUGUGAAUGUGUUUUGACUAUAUAAAAAGAUUUCUCCAAGAUUCAGUGGAAUAGAAAAAUUUUACCUUCCUAAUAUUUGCAAACUUUCUCCGACGACCUUGUACUAAAAAAUAAACAAAAAGGAGGUAGGAAGGAAUAUAAAAAAAUAAAUCGGGACUUUUACUCGAAGGUAUGCACACUAUAGUGGGAGGUACAACAAAACUUGUCAAAAAAAUGUAACCGGGGAUAUUUCUUUGUUCUUGUAAGUUUUUUAAGUUAUUAUGGUUAAAAAACUGAUAUAUUACCAAUGCUAUGACUGAGGAUAUUAGUAAGCCUCCUAAGCAAUACGAUUAUUUGCUAAAAUUUCUUCUGGUGGGUGACAGUGAUGUUGGAAAACAAGAAAUUUUAUCAGACCUGGAUGAUGGAUCUUCUGAAAGUCCAUUUUGUGGACACAGUGGUAAGUCCUAUAAAACAACCACUAUUCUUCUUGAUGGAAAGAGGGUAAAACUACAACUAUGGGAUACGUCAGGACAGGGAAGAUUUUGUACUAUUAUUCGCAGCUAUUCUAGGGGCGCCCAAGGUGUUCUUUUGGUGUAUGAUAUAACAAACCGUUGGUCUUUUGAUGGCUUGGAUAGAUGGUUGAAAGAAGUGGAUGAACACGCUCCUGGUGUACCAAAGGUUUUAGUGGGCAAUCGUCUUCAUCUAGCUUUUAACAGGAAAGUUCAUCAAAGAGAUGCCCAACUAUAUGCAAACAAACACAGCAUGGCAUUUUUUGAAGUAUCACCACUCUGCAACUUUAAUAUCCACGAAAGCUUCUGUGAACUCUCAAGAAUGGCCCUUCACAGAAAUGGUAUGGAGCGAUUAUGGCGAUCAAAUAAAGUACUGAGCCUGCAAGAAUUAUGCUGCAGAGCAAUAGUGGCCCGUACAACUGUCUACAGCAUUGAGCAGCUACCUUUACCCACGAGUGUCAAGUCCCAUUUAAAAUCGUAUGCACUGACAUCAUCAUCGACACAGUGGCGUUAUGCUAUUAGUCAGAAAAAGAACAGCAGUAAUUCAAGAAGUCGUAAAAAACGGUUCACCAGUACCCCAACAACUCCCGGUUCAUUGACUGAUAAAGACAGUAGAACAAGUUGCGUUCCAAGAAAUUCUUGUACUAUUUCUUGACGCGUUCGGAACUGGUGCUUUAACGCCAUGAGAUUUGUUUCCGGACCGACGAAAUUCGAAAAAAAUCAUUAGGAAUUUAUGGUAAAUGAUCACUUAUUAUUAUACAGGUUGUUCAUAAAGUAUAUAACUCAUAAUUUUUUAAUUAUCUUCUAGAUUAACUGUUUGCUACAUGUGCUUAUAUCCUGUGUGAUACAUAUGUUAAAUAAUACACUAUUUAUUUGCGUGGUAUCCAUAAAAAUAUAAAAAAUAAAUAGAUUUUUGAGAAAAAAUGUUUCUACUACAGACUCAUUUGUCUUAAAAACAACAAGUAGCUGAAUUUGUGUAUAUUUUAAUCACACAUUUUUCUAUUAACGUGAUAUUUAAUUAUUCUACUUGGCAAUUAAAUGAUUGAGUAUUUUCAGCUUUAAUAAUAAAUUUUUUUGUAUAUAUCUGAUAUAUCUGGUAAAAUGGGAGGAUUGCUAUUUAUAUUUAUUGAUUAGCAAUGAAAAUAUGAUCAAAACAAUCAUUUUUCAAAAGAGUCUCCAUUAAGAUUAACAUUUCAUUCCCAACUCAUCUAGCACCAAAAUAUAUGUUUCAAAUGCAAAACAGUCGUAGUGUUAUAAUGAAAAGUGAUUUACUUCUUGUUGUAAACAAAUGGUUGUGUACCAUUCAGAGUUUAUUUGUUAUACAUCGCUCUAAUACUACUGUUGCCAUGUGAACAGUAACGACAAAUAAAUAGGCAACAGUUUACAAAUAACUUUUGUUCGAAUCCAUUCCUCUUGGAAGACCCACACAGUAGAUUACAAUUUUAUUUCAGAAUCAUAUCUGAUUAGUUACAUGCGCAGAUGUUAGACACACUCAUUGAUGCAGUCUAAACAUCUGUCAAUUUGAUGCUCAAAUUGACAGAUUUCCUUUUAAAUAUAUGUCAGGUUAAGCAACAAAUAAAAAUUUAUUUAUAGCCUAAUCAUAAAGUAUUUUGUUGUUCUUAGUCAUAGUUUAGUCUGAGGGUGUCCUAAUCACACCUUAAUGUCACCUGAUGGUCUUGUUUAUUCAGUCAAGCAUCAAGUUCAAAUUUUCAUCUGGUACAAUGACAGGUUUUGGAUUUAUUUUGUCUGUUUGAUGCAUUUUACUAGUUAUUUUCAGUGCUUCACCGUCAAAUAAUAACAUCAUUGAUGCAUUCUUGUGCAUUCAAAAGUUUCAUUAAUUGUAAUCAAAUUUAAAUAACAAAUUAUUGUGUUUGAGGUUAUUUUUAAUAAUAACAAAUUCACCCCAAGUUUCAGUAAUACUAAAAAACUGUCAGUGUUGCUUAUAUCAAAAAUACAAAUAGCGAACAUGGAAGUGAUGUUAAAAUUAUUUGUUGGACUUUAAAUAACUAUUAUGAGAUUCAUAUUAUACAAAUUAUAUGCUUAUUUCAACCCCUAUAAAAAGAAUUGUAUGAGAUUAUUUGAAAAUAACGUGAUAAUAUGUAAAUUUUCGUAUACCGUCCAAUUAUUCAUAAUAAAAUUGGGUAAAAAGAUGCUCAUUAUUGAUUGGUUCACAAUUUUCUGUGUAUUUUGUAACUUUUUUGAAAUGAACUACCUGUAUGAAAUUAUUGAUCGAUUUUUGUAAAUAGUAUUUCAAUUUCGUCCUAAUCAUAAAGCUUUUACACGUUUUUCAUAUUAACCCCUACAAAAAAAAUCAAUACGGAUUCUAAAAGAACAAAAUCUUAUUUUAUGUAAGUGUAUUAUUGUGGACUGUUUGAUUUUGCUAAUAAAUAUUUAAUAUACAAAAAAA